UAUAUCUGUAUUUAUUAAAUACACACGUUCUACGCAACAAACUGCUCUAUUCAUUACGUAACACAAGAAAGAAUGCACUGUUUUACUUGUGGUAAAAUGAAUAUUCGCCGUAGUGGAAUGAAAAAACGUGUAUUAAUGGUUUGCUUUGGAAACACCUGUAGAUCGCCGAUAGCCGAAGCCAUCUUCCAUCAAUUCAUACGAGACAACGAGAUGCAAGACGAAUGGGAGGUUGACAGCGCUGGUCUGGUGGGAUAUCACGAGGGAGAGAAUAUUAAUUCAAGGUCGGCGGAAGUACUUAAAAAAAAUGGAAUCGGCAAUUAUUAUCACAUUGCUCGGACGAUAAAAAAAGAGGAUUUCGAUACGUUCGAUUGGAUUUUGGGUAUGGAUUAUUAUAAUCUUCAAGAUUUGAGUUAUAUGCAACCGAAGGGGUCCAAAGCCAAAUUGGGACUCUUGGGUGAAUAUGACCCCGAAGGAAAAAUGAUUAUUGAGGAUCCUUAUCUUGAUAGAGAUGCUGUAAGAUUUGAAGAAAUAUUUCACCACUGUAAAAGAUGCAUUCCAGUAUUUAUCGACAAAGUUGGAUAGUGAACGAAAAUUUGAAUUUUAGUUUAUUAUGUGAAUGACAAUACUGAAAAAAAAAACCAUAAGACUACUCAAGAUCCCUCUAGAAGAUGAGUCAGAGCAUGAAAUUAGGAAAGGAAUUUCAAACGGUUGCUUCAAUUAUUUUUUACAUUUUUGCAACUUGUUCGAUAAUGUUGGAACGUGUUUUUGCGUUUGCCUUGAACUUCGCGAGUUUCUUCGCGGACUUCGGUAACGAAUCAUCGCUUUGUUACCAACCCAAUCGACUGAUAAAUAAUAAUUGAAUUGAACAAAAAUUCGAUAUAAUUGCAUGUAAAUAUGAUGAAUUUAUGAAUAAUUUUUACCUCAUUAUAUCGUGAAACUUAAAAUAGCCUUUACGCAGCAUUGAAAGUACUUAAUUUCGCGAAUGAAUGUUUUAUAUUUUUCAUAACUAUGAACAAUGCAAAUUGCCGACAAUAAUUAAGACUCUUUAUGUUCGGUAAUAUGCAAUAAAUAUCAUAAAAAUUAUACUACAAGAUAGCUUAAUGGUAUUUGAUAAUUAACGAAGCAUUUCGACAGGAAAAAUAUAAGAGACCCCCAGCGGUCAGCCAGCAGUGGCUCUACUUCUUCAUUUGUGAAACUACGAUAAUCAAAUAGCUCCAAAAUGUCAAAAUUACUUUUCGUCUUUUUGCUGUGUGUGGUGUGCUACUUAGCUAUUGCCUCGGCGGCAGAAAGAUCCCAAGGUGGUACCUCGGUGGCCGCGCCCGCGGCACGAGGCAUUACAAGAUUCCCUGGCAGGAUCAUAAACAGUAUACGAUAUUUAAUGUUUGGAAUUUUCACAUCGGUUCGACGCUUUUUGCAUAUCUACUUCAGGGGUCUGGAUCGAAUCCUUGGUCGGAUGGUAUUUGGAGGCCUUGCAAGGAUUGCACGUCCCUCCGGUGCUCGUGGCUAAUGUCGGAUGAUUCGAAUCGUCUGUAGAACAAUUUUUUCAAGGGAGCAAAAAAAGAGUGGAAGGGUUGGAUGCAAAUCAAUGUACUUUAUCUUGUUUUUAUAAAAACAAUACUGAAAUAAAAAAAAUGACACCCUGAA